CACGUCGGGCAGACGGUGGCGCAGUCGACGGGCAGGCGCAAGGGCGGCGCGACGAGCGUGCGCGGGGCUGGCGACGGUGCAGGCGAGGCCGCGGGCGACGGGGCCGCGGGGCGACGAAACAACGAGGAGCGACAGGGGGCCGCAGGGUGA